ACUCUGAGUUUGAGCUGCUAUCCAACCACUGUUUACCACUUCCACUUUCCUCUCUCUCAAUUGUCACAACCACCACUCCCAUUCUCACUCUUCACUCUUACUUUCUUGCUCCGGAUCUGUGGCAAUCUUAUUACCUUUGGAUAUAAGGGGAAAAACCAGUAUGCAGUGGUGGAUUCACUUUGUUAUCUCUUUGAAUUUGUAUUGCAGGGUUAUUCUAUAACUUGUUUUGUUCUUCCUCCACUUGAGCUGAAAACACUCCUUUUUUCACAUGCUCAUUGUUUGCUUAAUCUUAUCCAUGAUGGGAUCAAAUCACUUCCCUUUGGCUUCUUGUUUUUUCUACAUUCUAUAAGAUUUGCUUGUGGUUUAUUCAAUCUUCAUAAGUCCCUCAUCUUCUUGUUGCUGUUAGAUUCUGUUUGAGUUUGGUUUGUUGAUCAAGUAGGAUUUCUAGUCCAACUUCAGCUUUACUUCCAUUUAUCUAUUGUCGCUCGCUAUUUCUUUGUUUAGCCCGUGUGGAAUACAUUAGCCUCCUUUCUUGUCGUUAGCUGUUUCGUUGUUUACCCCGAUUUGUGAAAUACAUCAAGAGUCAAGCGUAGUUAUGGUGUGCCAAGCAGCGAGCCAGACGAGAUUUAGGGCACUUAAACAUGAGAGUGGGAUUGCUGGGAGAACAACCAUUAUAGUUAGAGUAAUAGCAUGCUUUCAACCUUUACAGAAUUGCCAGGCUGAAUAUUUCCGUCACUUGCUGAAACCUGUCACGUAGACCUGUUCCCGUUUUCCGUUUGUCGAAAAUCAAUCUAGCAGAUAUAUUUUUGUUUUCAUUCUUUUGUUUUGCAUUUUGGAAAGUAAUCUACUUGCCGGACUAAAGUAGAACUACACUAUUCUGGUAGCUCAUUUGGCCGGAUGGCUGCGGCCAGAGAGUCUCAGCUGCGCCAGCAGUUUGCUGUUCGGAAUUCUUCGUAUAUCGAUCAUAUGGCAACGCCUCAUCUCGAUAGAAAUCUCAGCUUGCCACAUUUUCCCUCUUACCAGUGGCCUACUGCCAAUGCUACCUUUCCAGGACAGUAUGCUCCUGAUUUGAAUGCAUUCGGUGGGUUUCGCCCGCCUCAGUGCAAUAUCCCGUGUCCAACCGGAGAGCCUUAUCUGAAAGGCUCGCAGUGUGCCUUGCCCCGCGGCCUAGGGGUUGUAGAUAAGCAGCCGGUUGGUGCUCCACAGAGGAGAUUCCUUAUCUUCGACCAGUCCGAGAAUCACACCAGACUGUUCUUGGGUCCUUCCUUCUCGCCCCUCGACAAGAUGUUCGCCUCCAAGACUCCUGUCCCGCUCGACAAAGCAACCGCUCAUGUCGAUCCACGCAUCUUGUCGAAUCCCGCGUUCGAAGAAAAAUGGGACGAAAACCAUUUGUCCGAAGAGGAGGGCGGCGAGACGUAUGAAGAAGAUAGCGACGACAUCGAUGCUUUGCUCUACUCUGAUACUGAUAGUGACGACGACGAUGAAGUGACUAGCUCGGAGCACUCUCCGCCACUCAGCCUCGACGAACUAACAGAAGAAAUAACGAGCCCCGCGCCGAAAAGACGAAAGCUGCUCGACGGCAAGCAUGAGAAAUCGUCUCUGGAGAGUCACGACGAGGAGGACGACGACGUCAUGGAGUCGAGGUGCGCCAGCGACGACGACAGCGGGAAGAAGAUUAAAAUCCGCGAGGCGCUGAAGGUGCUCGAGAGCAUCAUCCCGGGACUGGACGGGAGCGACCCGGUGUCGAUAAUCGACGGGGCGGUGGCGUACCUGAAGGCUAUGAAAUCGUCCCUCGGGGGCGCAUGAUUAAUGGUGCGUGUUUGAUUAUUGAAGAUGGCUUUUACUUUUAGAGUCAGCAUGAAGAUUGUGGGGCAAUAAAGAGGGGAGGGUUAAGUCGAUAAAAGCAGCCAUCUUUGCUAUAAUUGUUGACUUUGAAAUGAUUAAAAAUGUGAUUUAAAAGUAAAAAAAAAGGGGUUAUGGCAGAUUGAAGAAAGCGUAGUGGUGUGAAACGAGGGCUUCCUUUUUUCUCCGGAAUUGUCGAAAAACGCCAUGGAUGGUGAGCAUGCGUGUUUGGUGGUAGGGGGGGCCCGCGCCUCCUUUCUUCGUUUUUAUUAUGAUUAUCUUGAAAAUCUGUGCGGGGGGCCCACCCCCCCAGGGGCUUCCGAGCUAUCAUCAUCAAUUUCUUGUUGUUUGUUUCCAGUUGUAAUAUUUGUGUUUUCUGGGUUUUGAACGACUGUUUGUGAGGUUGUAAUAACCAUCUGUUGCUGCUGUUGUAAUCUAAUGAUGUGGUUGGAUUUGA